AUGACGUUACUGUGUUGUGUUUGUCUAACAGAAAAUGUACGAUUUUAUAAUUUAAAUAAAACUUAUUUAUACCAGUUUUAUGAAAAAUUAAUCGAUUACAAUGUACCGUAUAGUUCAUCAUGUUGCUGCUAUAUUUGUUUUGCGCUAUUGAAGAAAUGUUACAAGUUUAUGCUUCAAGCACUGAAAGGAAAUAAUAUCUUGACAAAAAUUGAAGAUAGCAAUUUUAUGUUGACAAAUCAAAAUGAAAACAAUAUAAAUUUAACCACAGUCAAACUUAACAAUAUAGUUAUUGAGGGUGGACCUGAUAUAUGUAGUUUUGAAGAUAAUGGGAAAGGAGUACAGAGUAAGGAUUUAGUCAAAAUUGAAGAUUUCGGAGCCGGAAGUGACAAUGAAACAGAUGUUAAACUAGAUUAUGUUAGCACUAAGCAGUCUGACUCUGAUGAAGAUCUUCCUUUAAGUGAGCUCAACACUGAGACAGAUAUAAUCAAGGAAGAGAAAGUUCAUUAUAAAGCAUUAAAAAGAGUAAAUGCACGGGAAUUUAUAUUGACCACAGAAGAGCAGAAACAAGAAAUGGAACAAAGAGCAAAGAGUAUAAAUUAUUUGAAUUCGCCAUAUAAAUGUGCUCUAUGUUUUCGUGGGUUCAUAGAUCCAAUAGCCUAUGGGAAGCAUAGACAAAAACAUGAUGAGAGCAGUGGUGACCAUAAAUGCGAAAUGUGUCAUCUCCGUUAUUCAACUAAACGGCAACUGAAUAGCCAUUAUAAGGCGGCACAUUUAAGGAAAUUCGAAUGUUAUGUUUGUAAAGAGAUCACUCAUACAAGAAACCAAGCGAAACAACAUGAAGAGUGGCACAAGGGUAGAACUUAUACUUGUCAUCUGUGUGGGAAGGCCUUCCGCAAAUCAUCGUCCUACUUUACGCACGUUCGUAAGUCUCAUAAGAGCGUGCACGCGUGCUCGCUUUGCGGAGAUAGUUUUGUCAGCGAACACGGACUUCGUAUGCAUAGUUCUAAAGCACAUAGAACCAUCGAGGUUGACAAAAAAGAUGAACAAAUUUUGGAGAGUUAUUGCAAAGAGUGUAAUGUACAAUUCAAAACAUCGGAUGCGUGGGAACGGCACGCUUUGACGAAUCACUAUAGUUUGGACGCUAAAAGCUCAUGCUGCCCCGUAUGCAAUCAAGAUGUUAAACUAGAAGAGAGGGUUGCUCAUAAACGGACUCAUAUGGACAGACAUACAACUGAACAUAUAUAUGAGAAAACACCAGCACUUUCUGCCCUCAGUUGCGGACACUGCGAUUCGAAGUUUCUCAGCGUACACAAACUGCGCGCUCAUAUGAAACGCGUGCACCUCGGUCUCAAGUAUGACAAGAAUAUUGUCUGUGAAGUGUGCGGGAAGCAUUGUACUUCGCUGGCAACACUUAAGUACCACCAAAGACAACAUAACGGAGAGAGACCAUUUCCCUGCGUUAUCUGUGGGGCUCGAUUUACUUGUAAAGAAAAUCUUAGAAUUCACACGAGAACACAUUCGGGUGAGCGUCCGUAUAGCUGUGUAGUUUGCGAUAAGAAAUUUACACAGAAACCAGCGCUGAACCGACAUUACAGGGUACACAACGGCUCGAAGCCAUACGAAUGUCAGUAUUGUUCGAAACGCUUUAAUCAGUCCAGUUCGCUGAAAUCUCACGUUAAUACAAUUCAUUUGAAAAUACCUAGAAAUAAGAAGAGUAAACUUUGUUGA